AUGAGCCUGGCCCUGCGGAACGCCCAGCGGGCCGUGCCGCUGCGCCGGGCCCCGCUCCGCCGCGCUGUCUGCGUCCUGCGGGCCGCCCUGGGCGCUUCCCGCUUCGACGUGGGGCUGGUCUGCGCCGGCAACGGGCUGAUGCGGCGCCUCAACGGCGCGUACCGGCAGCGCCCGGAGCCCACCGACGUCCUCUCCUUCCCCUUCCACCGGGUGGCGGCGGGGCAGCUGCCGCGGCCGCGCAGCCGCGACGAGUACAACCUAGGCGACAUCUUCCUGGGGGUGGAGUACAUCCACCAGCAGUGCCGCGACGCCGGGGAGGACUUCGACAGCGUCCUGGCGGUGACGGCAGCCCACGGGCUGUGCCAUUUGCUCGGCUACCGCCACGACACCAAACCCGAGUGGCAGCAGAUGUACCAGAAGGAGGUGGAGAUCCUGGAGGAGCUGAACCGCCUCACCGGCGCCAGCCUCCGGCCCCUCACCGCCGGCCUCUUCUGAGGGAGCCGCGCCGGGGGACCCCGCCGCUU